UGUUUCAACGUGGUUCUCAUAAGUGAUUCGUGCACCACGGUAUACUGACCCUCUUCCACGUAGUCUUUCCUUUUCACUACGUCCGCGAUUCAUUCACGGACGAUACUAGGGACAGAUCGGUUGAAUCAGCGCUCAGUCUGCUGUCAUCGGCUCUCGUACUUCGUUUUAACAGUACAUCUGUUAAAAUCUCGGUGCGAGUAAACCGGAGUCUCUGUGAUAACAGGUAUAGCAGUUUUGUAACAUGUGAAAAUUGUUUGGAGAACAAGAGAGUGCGUGAUUCAGAAGAUCGGUGUACGAUCGAUUGUUUGAGAGACCUUCGAGAUCUCUUUAAGAUCAUUGAGAUAAUUUUGCGUCGACGGACGGAUAAUACGAGUGCUACAACUGUCCGACAGAUAUUCAUCGCCCUGUGAUCCAGUUGCGGUCACAAUGUCUUCGGGUGUGAAAGAAAACGUUAAACCUACGCUGGUCCUACCAAAUAAACAAGAGAUGUACGAGCACUGGCAGAAGAAUGCUCCGAAAAUCAAAUUUGGUGAACACACACUUACAAUUGAAAUAAGCGAGGAAAUCGAUGAAUUCUUUGUCCAGAAGGCCAAGGAAGAACUGCGGGAGACGCCGGAAGUUGUCGCUGAAAGUUUAGCGGAAUUCAAAGAGUUGCUUGCAGGAGAACCUAAUCUUUACUUACCAGAUAUGGAUGACAUCUAUAAAAUAUUUUUACGACCUUGUAAGUGGUAUCCGAAAAGUGCUUUCUCACUGAUGAAACGGUACUUUCGAUUUCGCCUAAACUAUCCAAAUAUAUAUAGCGAUUUGUUGAUCACCAAAGAAAAGGCUGCAUUCCACGCCAAUUUGAUAUAUCCAUUGCCGCUUCGUACUAAAGAGGGAAGCAGAAUAUUGAUAAUGGAAUGUGGUAAACGGUGGAAACCAAAGGAAGUGUCGACCUAUGUCUUUUUCAGAGGGUUGAUAUUAAUUUUAUUUCUGGCGUUUGUGGAGCACAAAACUCAGAUCGCAGGUGGACAUAUCAUUCUGGAUGCUGAAGGUUUAUCUCUCGGUCAUGUAACGUAUAUCACGCCGAGUUUUGCCAAAAUGAUGGUGGAAUUUAUACAGAAAUGUUUGCCCUUUCGUCUCAAAGGUAUUCAUAUAGUGAAUCAGUCCUUCAUCUUCAACAUGGUAUUCACAAUAUUCAAACCUUUUUUGGAGGAGAAGAUUCGCAAACGAAUACAUUUUCACGGGACAAACUGGGAGUCAUUAAGGGCUUCCUUAGUAGCAGAUAAGAAGACAAUACUUAAGAAACAUGGGGGCGAUAUGGAAUUGCCGGAAGGGCCAUACGGCGAGAUGCUAUGGCAGAAUAUGCUUUCGUGCGCACCCGCUUACGAAGCUGAUCAACAGUAUGGAUAUGUAACUGAAAAAGAAAAAAUGUAAUCUGGCGAAAUCGCCCGAUCAAAAUGUUACCAUCAUUGAUCAUUAUGGUUAUCUACCAUACGCAUGAAGCUAUAAUAAAAAAAUGCUGAAUU